CCGCGUCAUGGGCGACCACCUGCUGCUGCGGCGCCUCCGGGACAGCCGGCGCCGCUUCCAGAGGCGCAUGCGGCAGCUGCUGGAGAAGUACGACCAGCCCUUCGAGGACGCGCCGCUCGUGCACCUGGCCACGCUGACCUACGCCACGCCGCAGGGCUUGAGGAUUUGGGGCGGAGGACUAGUAAAGAAAGGAAGCAAAGCUCAGGUGCAGGACUCCCCCGAGGAGACGGUCAGCAGAAGAGGAGGCCCCAUACGCACCCCGGCCGGCAGCCACCCACCGCCCGCCCCUGGCACAUGCAGGAGAGAGGCCUGUGACAAGAGUGCCUCUUCGCUCGCAGAUCCAAAAAGCAGCGACACUGACGCCACUUUGUUCGAGGAAGAUGUGGUUGCUGGAUCCUGGGUGCCUGCAGAGCCUCAGAGUCCUUUGGAGAACGAGCUAAGAAGGAAAUACUUGACCCAAGUGGAUUCCCUGCUACAGGAUGAAGAGUGUCCCGAUGACGGAGAUGCUCAUGACAAGUCCGUGUCCCUAGUCCCCGCACUGGCCUCGCCCGCCGGGCCUCCCUGUGGACCCUGCGGGGGCCCAACCCACCAGGCUUCGUCUCCUGGAGAGGGCCCGCCCUCACGUCCCUGCCCAGUACACAUGGCCAUCGUGCCUCACAACGACAGUCUCUCCUUGCAAGAGGUCAGCGGCGACAGCUUCUUGAGCAGCCAGGGCUGUGAGGCCGACAUCUGCAGCGCGACGCUCAGCGACCUGUACGAGGGCAUGCUGCACUCCAUGAGCCGGCUGCUGAGCGCCCGGCCGUCCUGCAUCAUCUCCACCAAGACGUUCAUCCUGCAGAACUGGGGCUCCAGGAGGAGGUGGAAGAGCAGGGUGAACAGGUCGGCCUGCCAGGGAGGCAGGCAUGCCGGGAGGGGCCCCCGGGAGAGAAUAUCACCCCCUUCCGAGCCGGGGCCAGGGCAGGGAGCCCUGAGAGACUGUGGGAACCUGCUGUCCCAUACCGGCCCCAGGAGAACCAUAAGGCCGGGGAGAGCUGCUAUCCAGGGCUGCCGGCUGAGCCAGCAGCCAGGUGCUGCGGGCAACGAGGUGACAGGGGCACUGCGGCCAUACUCCUCCUGGACUUUCUUAGAUCCCAGUGCCGGGCGGCGCCUGGAUCAGGAGAAUAGAUUUAUGACGUUAAAGUGGUUAAUUUCUCCAGUGAAAGUGGUUUCCAGACCAAGAAUACUGCAGUGUGAGGGAAGAAGUCAUUGCCGGGAGAUCGAGGUCAAAUUCGAGAAGCUUCAUCGGGAAUUUUGCCGGAGUCCUGGGAACCAGCCCUGCCGGGCUCUCCCCCCGGCCUCCUCGGUGGUGGACGUGCCCAGAGGUGGCCCCGAGAGUCCUGGAGGCCGUCACAGCCUAGGGACCCACCAGCCCGGCACACCCCUCGGGAAAACCAAGGCAAAGAGGUUAUGUGAGGCUUUCGAGAGCCUGGGCGGAAGGCCCGCGGGAGCAGGUGGCCCCUCGCCGCACACCGCGCCAAGCCCGGGCUGCCCCAGACGCCAGUCUCUCCUCUUUCAAGCACGCGAUCUCGGACGGCUCAGGAUGUCGAUGUCACCCACCAAAGCGCUCUCGCUGCCCGGCACGCAACUUAGCUACGGGCGGGCUCGCUGCAAUGAAAUUAAAGAACAAUUUGACAAACUUCAUGAAAAAUAUCAAGCAAAGUCUCCAGAGCACACAAAGGCACCUCCGAGGCCAGGCACGUCUCUGGGUACGGCAAGGGUGGACGUCCGCUACCAACAGGAAGGCUCCUCCAGAAAGUCAAACUCAGGCUCCGGCUUCCCGGAGUCCCAAAAGUGGGCCCCGUCCUGGUGGAGCCUGAAAGGCCCGCUGUGCCCAACUCCCAUCGAGGUGCGGCCCUUGGCGUGGUUCGCGGCCAACGCCCGGGGAGACCCUCCCUGCCCUGCAAAACGCCGCCGGUUGUCGGACCCUCAGGUGUGCGGCCGCUGGACCAAGGCCCCGGAUUCCUGGCGAGUGGCGAGCGGGGCCAUCCCGAGACCAGGGAAGGAGGGCCGCUCCGUGGAGCCCGGCCUGGAGGAAGCAAAGAGGAGAGAACCACACGUCUUUCAGGACGGAAGAGAAAAGUGAGUUUGUGCGGGAAGAACUGGCAGCUGGACAUCUGCAGCCGAGUUGCUGGCAGCGCCGUCCCUCCGCCCCUCGCGCGUGUUUUUCUUCUCGCUUGGUCUUUAGCGCUGAGCGUGGGUGAGGACUUGCUUCGCUUCUGCCCACCACAGCGGACGGCAAUGAAAUCGCUUCCGCUGAGAUGACUCCGAGCUCUCGGUGUAGAAGUUAUUUGAAUAAAGUUGAUCAAUGAAGACGCGCCCCUGCUGCCCUCCACGCACCCGGUUUCUCGUGCCCCUUUAAAUGUGGCCUGUCCCGCGGGGUCUCCCUCACCGAGGCCCUGAAGCCCUGCCGUGAGCCCAGGCAGGGAGACGCGGUGUGUGGCCUUCCAGGGCCCAGCACCCUCCGCGCGAGGGGCCGCCCGAUGCCCAGCUCACUCGUGACAACUGCUUUCUGGCGUUUUUAGGCGUAAAUGGCGGGGACAGUCCGUGGGGGCCCGCGCCCUUGGCCGUCAUGCAGGACAGCGCGGUGACUGGGUGAACUACCGGAUACCAGGCCCCGUGACAAAGCCCUGGGACCGGCCGUGCUGGGUCAGCUGUUAAUACUUUGCCACAGGGCGUGGACUUUUUGUUUUAAAUAAAAGGUCAGAGGCAGGAUGAAGUCGCCGCCCGCCUGCCCCUGCAGUGACGGGCCUCAUGCUCGCGUGUGCUGCACGUGGAUCGGCCACAUCCCUGCCUUGGACUCCCCCAGUUAUUCCCCAACGGCUUUUGCCAACCCCAGUCCACUUUGCCCUCUGACCGGCAGGAUGAGGCCUGUGUCCCACGUCACCACCACCCGUCGGCGCCGCUGGUGGGUGCACAUGGAUCAGUUUGAGUCUUCCCGGGGUGCGGGGCACUCUCUUCACUUUGCUUGUCACUGCCGUCAGUUUCCACUGAUAGGCACCCACCGAGCUUAAAACGCAAGUCACUGCUACCUGCGAUCAGGCAUUGAACUGCCAUUUCUGAUACUGAAGUUACAUUUUUCACCGGGGACUUGAUCCUUCCUUUCUCGUUUCUGCUGUCAUGUUUUAAAGAAAACUUACUCAGCCCGAAGGAUCAGAAUUACUCUUGCAUUUUUGCUUUUCAAGCUUAGGUCCAUAAACCAUCUGGAGCUGCUGUGCAUGGCAUGAAGGGAAUCAGACCCAGGGGGUGAAUGCCCGCCCGUGUCCCCACACACGUGCUGAGCGGCACAGCCCUUCCCCGGAGCACGUGGUGGCUGAGCGUUGGCGCUGCAGCGCUCUCCGUCUCUUGGCAGAAACAGAGUCUGUCCGAUCCAGGGGAGCCACAAAGCAGCCGUGGCCGGGGCCUCUGGGCAGAGCCUCCCCCAUAGGGCCCAGCAGAGGGUGGGAAUGGUCUGCAGGACCUGUCGGGCUUUUACCUGAUCCUGGACAGCUAUCCCGCAGGCAGUCUGUGUGGGGAGAUUUCCUGCUCUCCUGUCCCCUCUGCCUGUUUCUCAGACUUGGGGCUCACAUCUCCUUUUGACCUCCAGGUUCUGUUCCAGGCUUCACUGUAACAUCCACUUGCACUUUAAUGGCUCCAGGCCCUGAGGCUGGGAAGGGUGGCGGGGGCGGGCCUGUCACUUCCUCCCUGAAGCCCUCCCGGAUACCUCCAGGCUGGAGGAAGCUGCCAUCAACUGGGGAGGACUGAAAUGCCAGAGAGGACGAGGGUAGAUUUCUGUCCUGGCUGAGAAGCUGUGACGUCCACACCCCUGGGAAAGCGGGACAAACAUGACCGGCGGAGUCGGAGUCCUCAGCCCUCUAUCUUGGCUCUGGGGUGUCAGCAUGAUGGGGGGAGUCAGAAAGCUGCACUCCGAAUGGCAAAGGAGGUUUAUUUCAACUGGAGGAUGGAAAGGGACAGUCUCUACUUUAGAACAAUGCUUUUCAUACAAACUCUCUUAAAAACGGUUUGCGCUGCGGUGGCAUCCGGGCCACCUAGGAAGCUUCCUCGGCUGAAGCCAAAAGCCACAGCUGACUGCAGGUGUCCAAGGUUUUGAGAGUGUCCAGGGCUGCCCUCCGGAUGCUGGGAUCCGAGUCCAGCUGCAGCUCCUGGAGAGCUGGGAGUGAGCAAACAGGGCAGAAUCAGGACCCCCUGCGCCCCACAUGCUGCUGGAAGCCAGGAGGGCGCUUGGGCCCAGGGAUGGGGGUGGUGGCGGCUGCAGGCUUGGACCUGACCCCCCACCCGUCACUACUGUCACCGGCCCGGGGAGCUGCACGGGUCCACUCAUCACCCAACCCGUGCCUGGGGCCGAGCCCGCGCCCGCAGAACCCGGUGGCUGUGUGGACCCUCAGAAGGAAUCCAGGCAGAGGGGCAGACGCCACAGGGAGGACAUGGCUCCACAGUCAAAGAGCCGUCUCUCUGGAAAGCCCCCCAAAGGGUCCCCCCUGUCUGGGCCUGAGCCCAAGCCAGGGUCCCGGGGGCUUCUCCGCGCUCACAGUCCCGCAGCGCCGGCAGGUCCAGCCUCCUCAGGUACUGCGCAGACAAGUGCUUCAGCAUGAUUCCUAAACGACAGCCAGCGCGGCGUCACCCCAGAGGUCAGCGGGCGGCUCGGCUUUACCCAUGAGGGGCUCAGCUCCGUGACCGAGGACCACGGUGGACGUCAGGCAGCUGGGGAGCCCGGGGCGGGGCCGACGGGAGGGCCCCAGCGCUGGUCCUGUCCUGCCACCGCCCCUCCCCUCAGCAACACCUGCCCACCCUCACCUGCCAGGUUGCAAGAAGCGAUUCUGAUUCUGGACAAGCUGCUUUUAACGUACGUCAUUGUCUCCAGCAGGAAGCCGUAGAGAACGGCAGGCUUCUUCUGAGUCUGCAAGAAACAGGUGACAGCCGAGCCCCGGGGACGAGGUCCCGGAGGGGCGACGUUUGUGACCCGCGUUCCCACCUGGUGCGGGCAGGGCUGCCCAGAGAGGGCAAGUGCCCAUCCCAGUGUCACACAGCACGUUAGUAACUGGGCAAUACGAGGUCCUUGGGGGCCUGUGACCGCCCGUCAGGCCUCAAGGGGAGGGUGCAUCGCCCUUGAGCAUUGAAACAGGGCCAGCCACUCCAACGAAGGGCAAAGUGCCUCCUAGACUUUGGAGACAGUACCCCCAAAACGGAAGCUAUCACGAGCAAUUUCUAUAUUUACUCCAUCCAUGUUGAAAUGACAGUGAUUUGAUAAAUAAUCAAAUCUGUCGGGAUAAAUAAA